AUGCUGAAGUCAUUUCAGGACACGUAUAUUGAAUACUUGAAGAGCACUCUGCACGAAAUAGAAGUGGAUGUGAGCAUCGUUGGGGAAACACUGGCCUCACUCGGGCUUGAUGAGAGGAGCAUCAGUGACAUAUUGGGUGGCAGCCUUCAUGCGUGUGCGACAGGUGCCUCGUCCGUUUCUUCCGUUUCCUCUGACCGGGACUGGGACCGAAGGUUGAGAAAGGGACCGGAGGAGUGUUCCACAAUUUCUUCCACAAGCAAGAAGUCGCUUCUCACGCCGCAGCGAGAGGGCAUGUUGCGAGUGGAUAUCGGCAAAUUCGAUCGAGAACAGAUGGGGGGUGCCGCUCUUCCCGCAUCAUCAUCGUCAUCGUUGAGUGUAAUCGAAAGCCCGCGGGCAGGUCGAGGGAACUUUUUGCAUCGUGGACACGACGCGAGUUGUAACGUGGAGGAAGAGGACGAGGAAGCGCUGACUUCACCCGCAACGGCUUGGGACGAUCCUAUCGUAACGCCUGACCGCCGUGACUCCUACAAGGAACACUUAGAGGCCCUGGAAAAACUUCUCGGUGUUGUUUGGCGUCCUGUUGCUGGCGGAGGAGACGACAGUGUGCCUUUGGAGGUCCGUAGCUUCCUCUGCCGUGAGCGUGUACAAAAUUUGCUCCUCAGCCAAUUCAAGGCAAGAGGGAUUGCUCUGCCAGCGUCACCGCCAAAGCGAAAUACUCCGCAUCAGAGGUUUAAAGUGAGACAUGAAGAGAAAAAACAACCUGAGGGCAGUAGGAACAACUCCAGAAGGGGACGCGUUAAACACUCGCAGUGCAUUCGUCACUUUGGGAGUCUUCUGGAGACUAAGAAAAGCCCCCAAGUUGGCUUUCGAUGGCAGUGUGAAUUCUGUGCGAGACUGGAUGACAAACCCAUCUUGCCUUCUGUGUCGGACCAUCCGCGGCAGCCACAAGUGACACCCGCCGCCAUGGGGAAUGCGUGUGGUGUGAAGAUGAGGCCCCAAGCAGUGAACACAGUGGGCAGUGGGCGGAUCUGCACAAAGUUGCUCGCGACGACACUUUUGUAUCGCGAGGAUCGUGUCAAAAAAGCGCUGGCUUACCGCGAUGGGUGGAACGCUUCUGGCUGUGCUGAAAGAUAA